CGAGGAAACGCGCUUCAUCUCACUCACUUCCGCCCCCACAGCCAUAUCUCAUCUCCACUACUCACUACCACUGUUAAUCUUUCUCACCCUAUAUAUUCAAAUCAGUUUCCAUUCCAAACAUAACAAAUCAUAUCUCAUCGAGUUAUUUCAGUAUCCACUAAACAGAGCAACAAGGACUUCGUACCAUUUUAUAUCUUACUACUACAUGAAUCAUUACGACGGCAAUGUCAUUGGAGGCAGUAUGGACAAUAUACCAGAAGGUCGACAGAUUGGAGUACCAACUUACAGAGGAGUUCGAAAGAGGAAAUGGGGGAAAUGGGUAUCAGAAAUCAGAGAACCCGGAAAGAAAUCAAGAAUCUGGUUAGGAAGUUUUGAGACGCCGGAAAUGGCAGCGACUGCUUAUGAUGUUGCGGCGUUACAUCUUAAAGGCCGAGAAGCUCGACUUAACUUUCCUGAGUUGAUUGAUAUUUUACCUCGUCCGGGCAGUUCCAAAGCUGAGGAUAUUCGAUCAACGGCUCAUGCAGCUGCUGCAAGGCUUAUAGGAGACCGGAAUGCAAAAGUGAAUACUAGUAGUACUAGUUGCGGCAGCAGCGUGAGUCACUCGGUUCCGAAAACGAUUCGGCUCUCACCCAGUCAAAUUCAAGCGAUUAACGAGUCACCACUUGACUCGCCAACAAUGUGGUGCAAUUUCAAUGAUACAGUACUGACCCAGUCGCCUUUUAGUUGGACUCAUGAUACUGGUUUGUUCAGUGAUUGGGAAGAUAUUCAACAUGAAUCUCUUUGGAGCUAAGGACUGGACUGGACUAAGAUGAUUCACUACUUCUGGAAACAAGAUAGUUACAUUAAACCUUAUCUAAUUCGUUUGCCACUUGGCAUAUUCUUUGCAAUCGUGAUUGAUGGUUAGCCAUUGAUUUGAUUGGAUAUGUAUUCCGUUCCUUCGUGAGCUUACUUUUAGCAGCUCAUCAAAAUAUCUUCUUCUGCUUAAUCCACUGCAUUUUUUCUAACAAAUUUAUGGGCUUGGUGGGGCCAUAAUAAGGGUAUAAUAUUAUGAAGGCCCAUUUGUAUUUUUGCUUUGCUUCCUCUCUGAAAGAGAGGUGCAAGAAGAAUUUGAGAAUUAUUUUAAUUUUGUAGGACCAAAUUGAAUUCUUAACCAAAUUUAUUCAGAUGUUGUUUUCAUCAUAGUCCUUUUCUUUAGCUCAAUCUUUAGGCUUAUUCAUUGUAUUAUGUAAUGGGAAAUAAAGAAAAAAAAUUCUUUGAUA